AUGGAGAUAAAGAGAGUGAUUGAGGAGAACAGCAACCUUCGCAAGGAGAUUGAAAUUUUAAAGAAUAAUUUCGCUAAUUAUCCUAAUGCAAACGAGCUUAAAAAUCUUGCAGUCCUCGUAAGAGAUACUCUACAAGAAUUCGACAGUAGAGAGCGUUUGAUGAGAAGGCGUAUCCUGGUUUUACAGCAUCAGAGAGAUCAACUCAACUAUCAAGUGGAGGGUACGAGCAGCAACCAUAGCCAUACUCAACAAUUAAAGGUAUUUGAAGAGAACAGCGACAACGACAUUGAAGUACUACGGAAUCUCUUGAAAUCCAAAGACGCACAUAAGAACGCCGAUCCGCUUUGGUUUAAGCGUGUGCGAAAGGAGCUUGAUCAAGUCACCGAUACUGAAGAAGAAAAAGCACUUGAUGAUAUCGACAAUCGACGAGAUACACUCAAAAUGAAAGAUAGAGACAGACAGACUGAAUCUGUUUUGGAUGACUACAUGAAUCAUUCAGCUAGCCCGUCAUAUUCCCAAGAAGGCUACCCACAACGACCGCCUGCUAGAAUGAGUAUGAGAGGUUUCGAUGAUGAUGAUAAUUAUUCAAGUCAAUUCAAUCUUCCCAACAACACUACCACCAGAACAGCGGAUCUAGAAGCAGCAUAUAAACGCGUCACGGAAGCUUUUGAGAAGCUCGCUGAUGAAAACAUUCGAAACUCUGUUGCCGUGCAUCAAAUACUGAAAGAAUAUAGGCAAACAAAUGGUCAAUCCUAG